UGCGACUUAACAGCAUGCGGCGAUACCGUGAAGAAGCCCAAGCUCGACAAGCACCGCAUGUCCUGCCAGUCGUCCUUCACCUGCCUCGACUGCAGCACCACCUUCGCCGGGCCCGCGCAAUACAAGGGCCACACGACGUGCAUCAGCGAGGCCGAGAAGUACCAGGGCGCGCUCUACAAGGGUCCCAAG